CCUGCGCUCGCGGACAGCUCAGCCUCAGUAAUGUCACCUCAGUGGGGUUAGCCUAGCCUAGCCUAGCCUAGCAGCUCCGUCUUUUAACAUCAUCAUAAUUAUUAAAUAUGGUAUGAAAUCCAGGGAAAGAUGAAUCUCCGGGGAUUUUUUCAGGAUUUUAAUCCGAGUAAAUUCCUGAUCUAUGCGUGUCUGCUGCUGUUCUCGGUGCUGCUCUCCUUACGCCUGGACAGAGAUAUAGAGUGGAGUUACUGGGCCGUGUUCGCACCCAUCUGGCUCUGGAAGCUGAUGGUAAUCAUCGGGGCGUCUGUGGGCACAGGGGUAUGGGCUCACAACCCUCAGUACAGGGCUGAGGGCGAGACUGGUGUCGAGUUCAAGGCCAUGUUGAUCGCUGUUGGGAUCCAUCUCCUCCUCCUGACGUUUGAGGUCCUGGUGUGUGACCGUGUGGAGAGAGGGAAACACUUCUGGCUGCUGGUCUUCAUGCCGCUCUUUUUCGUCUCGCCCGUCUCUGUGGCUGCGUGUGUGUGGGGCUUCAGACACGACCGCUCGCUUGAGCUGGAGAUCCUGUGCUCUGUGAACAUCCUGCAGUUCAUCUUCAUCGCUCUGCGGCUGGAUAAAAUCAUCAACUGGCCGUGGCUGGUGGUCUGUGUGCCGCUGUGGAUCCUCAUGUCCUUCCUGUGUCUGGUGGUCCUUUAUUACAUCGUCUGGUCCGUGCUUUUCCUGCGCUCCAUGGAUGUGAUCGCAGAGCAGCGGCGCACACACAUCACCAUGGCCAUCAGCUGGAUGGCGAUCGUCGUGCCCUUGCUGACCUUCGAGAUCCUCCUCGUGCACAAGUUAGACGGUCAUUACGAGUCCAAGUUUGUGCCAGUCUUCGUGCCGCUCUGGAUCUCCCUGGUGACGCUGAUGGCGACUACAUUCGGACAAAAAGGAGGAAAUCACUGGUGGUUUGGCAUUCGCAAGGACUUUUGUCAGUUCAUGCUGGAACUCUUUCCUUUCCUGCGAGAGUACGGCAACAUCUCCUAUGACCUGCAGCAUGAAGACUCGGAGGUGUCCGAGGAGCCCCCUGCCCACGAGCCGCCUAAAAUCGUGCCCAUGUUCCGCAAGAAAACGGGCGUCGUCAUCACGCAGAGUCCGGGGAAGUACUUUGUGCCGCCGCCCAAGUUAUGCAUUGACAUGCCGGAUUAAAGCUAAACCCAGAACUCCUUGGAGAGGGUGAGGGAGGAGUGUAGUGCCGUGAAGCAGAGUUCACUCCUGGCCUGCGGGGAAUACCAGGACUGAGAGAGACAGACAACUUUUCGGACGCCUUGGCUCCUGUUUGCCGAAAGGGUUUUACGGAGCCUUGCUGAAACGGGGCUGGACCGACGUGACAGUGAGAGGGCGUGGCUUCCUGUCUGACUUUCCCCCAUGACCGUUCCCAAACUAGCUCCUUUAACACUCACUGUAGGUUUUCCAGAGUCAGCCAUGUACAACGUGGAGAAAGUUACGUACCGAAGCCAAAGAACACUAGAUGGUUUAUAAACCUGGGUCACAUUUGAUGCUGCCAUUUUUCCAGCAAUACGUUACAUGUUUUUGUUAUAUUUGUUUUUUUCGACUAUGGCAGCAACAAACAAUUAAAUUAUUUUGUCACACUUUAUGUUGGCAGUUGAUCAGUCAGUGUUUAUUAGGACACACUGAGGACACCGACUCAUCCACACGUGGCUCUGUUUAUGUUCAUGGACCAUGUGGAAGUAUUUAUAGCUGUAUCUCUCUACAGCGUGUGUAUUUAAGAUUCAGUGUUUGUCCUGUUAUUCCCACGUGUCGACCCUUUUCCUCUUUUAUUAUUAGAAAAAACACUUCACUUCUGAUGCAACUCUGUUUAAUACUAAUGGCUAAAAUAACAGAAACCGUCUUCUGUUCUCGCCGUCACACACACACACCAGGCUUGUACGAUAGCAAUUUACCUCCACGGUGGAAUCGUCUAUAAACUAAAAAGGAACAGAAAAUAAGCAUUUAAAAAAUCAAUUAGGAUAAACAAUUUAACUUCCACCACAUCAGUCUGUGGGGGGUAGGGGGGGGAGUGAUAUUCCAGGCAGAGAUGCCUGAUCAGCAUGAGCUGGAUGAGGGGGAUUUAAUAAAAAGUAAAUAAAUCUUUUUAAUUUCUUUAAAUCAAUUUAAAUAAGUUGACAUUUAAGUAGCAGUUUGGAAAGUCCCUUAUCUAUAUAGGUGUAGGGUCAGGGGGCGGGGCCUGUCCCACAAACUCAGGGUACACCCUGGAAGGGGUGCCAACUCGGUAUGGAACACAGGAGCAUGCACUGGUACUAUAGAAACGUGCAUUUAUACCAACCUGUCACUCGUGUUAGCCCCAGAACCACCAUCGCCCCCCCUCCCCCCAUGCUGUUAGAGUAAAAUAAUACACACUUUCUGACCAAUGAGAUUUAAGCAUUCAUCGCUCUUGUAUAAUAAAUCUUUUCUAUUGCACAAGCCUAACACACACACACUAUAAUCGUAAACACACUGACAUGCAGGUAUGUUUAUAUAAACUGUAUACUCUCAUAUAUUCUGAAGUAGAGCACUUAACACACAUUUCCACAACCACAUUAGUUAAAGAAGCUUGGGUAAAUCUUCCUUUUGUAGAUGAACGUGUGUGUGUGUGUGUGUGUGUGUGUGUGUGUGUGUGUACUCAGCUGGCCUGAGGUAGCAGCAGUGGAGUUUCUGGUAGCAGAUCCGGACCAACGUGUUGUUCACACUACAUCUGUGUUAUUUGUUGUGUAAAAAAAGCUGAAGCUGUUCGUAUUGGCUCACAUUAAAAUCUUCUGCUAAA